AGACUGAUUACAAAGUAGUGGAAGCAUCCAGGACUAGGACCGGGAAUUGUUAUAAGGAGAGAUACUCAAGAGAAUCAACUCAUCUGCAACGAAAUCGAGAACUGCAACUGUCAAAGUCACAACAAAGAAGGAGCGGGAAACGGGAAGCACAGCAAACUGCAUUCGGCUAGGACAAGCCGUGCGUGAGAGUGCUGGAGGAGGAGCAGUCGGGAAGGACAUCAGGAUAACAGGAUAACCCAAGCCACCAUCAGGAGCAGCCGCAGCAUGGAAGAUCUAUUGGUGGAAGUCCGGCUCGAAAAUGGCGCCUACUACAAGGGCCAUGUGACAGCUGUCGCCGAUGAUGGCAUCUUUGUGGAUGUGGAUGGCGUGACCGAAGUGAGGAAGUAUCCGUUUGUGAGCGUCCGCCUGCCGCCAGAGGAGACCGUCGAGGUGGCGGCACCCACCUUUGAAGAGGGCAUGGAGGUGGAGGUGUUUACGCGCACAAAUGAGCGCGAGAACUGCGGCUGGUGGGUGGCCGUCAUCAAAAUGCUCAAAGCGGACAUCUGUGCGGUGGCCUACAUUGGUUUCGAGACGCCCUACACCGAGAUCUGCGAACUGGGUCGACUGCGCGCCAAAAACUCAAAUCCGCCAAUCACAGCCAAGUCGUUCUACCAGUUCACGCUGCCCGUUCCCGAAGAGCUGCGCGAAGAAGCCCAGAAGGAUGGCAUACACAAGGAGUUUCAGCGCACAAUCGAUGCCGGCGUCUGCAACUACAACCGCGACCUCACCGCCCUCAUUGUCCUUUCGAAAUGGGAGCACACUCAGAAGCGCGCCAGCAUGCUCAAGGAUAUGCAUUUUCGUAAUCUCUCACAGAAGGUUAUGCUCUUGAAAAGGACUGAAGAAGCUGCCCGUCAGCUCGAAACGACUAAACUGAUGAGCCGAGGGAAUUACGUUGAGGAAUUCCGAGUGCGCGACGAUCUCAUGGGGCUGGCCAUUGGCUCGCAUGGCUCGAAUAUACAGGCGGCACGCACGCUGGUCGGCGUCACCAAUAUCGAGCUGGAGGAGAAGUCCUGCACAUUCAAGAUCAGUGGCGAGACCGAGGAGUCAGUGCAGCGCGCGCGCGCCAUGCUCGAGUAUGCCGAGGAGUUCUUUCAGGUGCCCAGGGAGCUGGUGGGCAAGGUAAUCGGCAAGAAUGGCCGCAUCAUACAGGAGAUUGUGGACAAGAGCGGCGUGUUUCGAAUCAAGGUGAGUGCUAUCGCUGGCGAUGACGAGCAGGAUCAGAACAUCCCACGUGCGCCGGCGCAUGUACCCUUUGUGUUCAUUGGCACCGUGGAGAGCAUUGCGAAUGCCAAAGUGCUGCUGGAGUAUCAUCUGUCGCAUCUGAAGGAAGUGGAACAGCUGCGCCAGGAGAAAAUGGAGAUCGAUCAGCAGCUGCGAGCCAUACAGGAAUCCUCGAUGGGCUCCACAACAAGCUUCCCCGUCUCAAGGCGCUCAGAGCGCGGCUACAGUAGCGACAUUGAGUCGGUGCGCUCUAUGCGCGGUGGUGGCGGCGGCCAGCGCGGUCGUGGUCGUGGACGCGGUGGCGGCGGACCUGGUGGCAACGGCGGCCUCAACCAGCGUUAUCACAACAAUCGACGCGACGAGGACGACUACAACUCCCGCGGUGACCAUCAGCGCGACCAGCGAGGCUACAACAACGAUCGUGGUGGCAGCGCCGGUGACGGCACUGGCAACUACCGUGGCGCCGGCAACAACCGUCGCGGUGGCAUCAAUCGCCGGCCGCCACGCAACGAGCAGCAGAACGGCAGAGACUAUCAGCACCACAAUCACACCGAGGAGGUGCGAGAGACGCGCGAAGUGAGCAGUGUGGAGAGGGCAGACAGCAACUCGUCGUACGAGGGCAGCUCGAGAAGGCGCAGAAAGCAGAAGAGCAACAACGGGCCCAGCAACACAAACGGUGCGGUGGCCAACAACAGCAUCAAACCACAACAGCAGCAGGCGCAACAGCUGCCACAGCAGACUGCGGCGCAGCCGGGCAAGACGUCGCUGAAUGCCGCCGGGGAAAACAGCAAACAGAGCAGCAUUGGUAAUGCGAACACCGCCAGCGGUACGAGCAAGCCCAAGGAUCCAUCGCGUAAUAGCGACAAACAGCAGGCGGGCGGACAGCCACAGCAGCAGCAGGCGCCGCAGCAACCACCGCAGCCACAGGCAGCGCAGCAAUUGCAGCAGCAGCAGCAAAUAGCUCCACUGCAGCAGCAGCCGAAAGCGCGCCGUAACAACAAAAACCGCAGCAGCAACAAUCACACGGAUCAGCAGGUCGGCUCGCAGCAGUACCAACAGCAGCAGCUGACGGAGAACAUCAAGAAGGAAGGUCUGGUGAAUGGCACGUCCUAGGCGGAGAAAGGGAAGAUACCGAACCACACAAAAGGCCGCAUCGCUCGAGUAAAUUAACGUUCGACACUAGGCUGUAUGCGUAGAGGGCAGAGGAAUAAAUAUUAAUGUUUAUAUCGUUAAAAGUCGCCGUUGCCCCCUCAAUACCGAACAACUGCAACAACACCAAUACCAACAACUGAAACUGAAACAACAACCACAACAACAUCUACAGGCAACAACAUCCGCAAAUAACAUGUUCGAGAAGAGAAACUAAAUGAGUAACUAAAAAAGGAAAUCAUAAAUUAAAUAUACAUGAGAUAUGUAAUAAUUGUAACAGCAUAUACUAACACCCACACACACACACACGCCCGCAACCACACCCACAGCCACUCUCAUUCACAUAUACAUACACACAAACACACACACACACACACAGUUCGAAUUAUACACAAAAGAAUUAUUAAAUAAAAUUCAUGGCUAGGCUUAUAAUUUAAA